GAUCGGAUCUGAAUAACUCUAUCUUCUCUGCGUGCUACUUCGUUUACUCUGUUUCCUUCUUCGUUGGUUUCGUUUCUGAUUCUUCGAUUUGUUUUCUCCUAUUUUUUGAAUUUGACCGGGGAAAAACCCUAAAUUUUUUGGAAUAUUCUUCACCGGACCCGAUUCGUCCAUUUUUGGGUUGAUUAAACCAUAGAUUCGUAUUCUAGGGUUUGGAAUUGGUGUUCGGUGAAGGAAAAAUUAGAAUUAGGGUUUUGAAUGUAUGGCUUCGGGGCCUAUAGUUGGAGAUGAAGGAGUUAGAGAGAUUCAAAGAUACUCGGAAAGCAAGGUGUACACAAGAAAAGCUUUCAGAGGUACAAAGAAUAAAGGUAACACGUUGAACGUUGUUCCUCUUCAUAAUUCUUCCUCCGCUGCUACCAUAACCACUACCGCCAGUACCACCGUUACUGCUGUCAACAGUACUGUUGAAAAUAGUGUUGAUGGGACUAAGGAUAAUGGUAACAACAUUUUGGUUCAGUCGCCGGCUCGGAUUUCGGCUCCGGAGGGCGGGGAUUCAGCUCUUCCGGUAGUGGUUUCUGAAGACUCAUCUAGCCUGAACCGUCGGCAGGAUGAGCAUUUCACGCUCAAUGUUCAGCUAGAAGAAGCUUGUGGUUUGAUAGAACCAUCUUUGAGGAACUGUGUUGGCAAGCAGGGAUUGGAGAAUGGUGUUAAGAUUGGAAUUGGUUCGCGGUCGAAGCGGGAGACACGGGAACAUAAGAGGAAGCUUGUGAGUGAGCUUGAAAAGGUGAGGUCUCUGGUGAAUAGGAUUGAAGAGAAGCAAGCGAUGGUUGGUGGGUAUGGUGGUAAUUUGAAUAUGUCGGUGGAUCGUCAUAGGGUUGAUAAUGGUGGUGGAGCUAAGCGUAGUCACUCAGAGGUGGCAUCUGCAGGUGUUUCAAGAGAGGCUACUAGGCCCAUGCGCCAGAUAAGUCUAAUGGUGUUGGAGAAUAGUCAAGGGAUCAGUGAAAAUAUUGAGAAGGAGAAGAGAACACCAAAGGCGAACCAGUUCUAUUGCAAUUCGGAGUUCUUGCUUGCGAAAGAUAAGUUUCCGCCUGCAGAGAGUAACAAGAAGUCAAAAUCGAAUGGCAAGAAGCAUGGCGGGAGAGAAAUGGGACAUGGAGUUGGGAUAGGAUUGAAGUAUUUAAAGAGCUGUAGUUCCUUGCUUGAAAAGUUGAUGAAACACAAGCAUUGUUGGGUGUUUAAUACUCCAGUUGAUGUUGAAGGUCUUGGUUUGCAUGAUUAUUAUAUUAUCAUCUCACAUCCAAUGGACUUGGGUACUGUGAAGUCGAGGCUGAACAAGAAUUGGUACAAAUCACCCAAGGAGUUUGCGGAGGAUGUUAGACUUACUUUUCGUAAUGCGAUGACGUAUAAUCCUAGAGGGCAAGACGUUCAUAUAAUGGCAGAGGAGCUAUCGACGUUAUUUGAGGAAAGAUGGGCAAUUGUAGAGUCAAAUUACAAUCAUGAGAUGAGGUAUGGAAUGGAUUAUGGGCAAGCUAUUCCUUCACCUUUGUCUAGAAAGACUCCUGGUUUCCGGCCACCACCUCUUGACAUGAGAAGGAUUCUAGAUAAGUCAGAAUCAAUGACACGACCUCCAAAACCCAUGAACAUUACUCCUUCAUCUCGAACUCCCGCUCCAAAAAAGCCGAAGGCAAGAGAUCCUCAUAAAAGAGACAUGACAUAUGAGGAAAAGCAAAAACUUAGCUCAAAUCUUCAGAGUCUACCUUCUGAGAAACUAGACGCAAUUGUACAGAUCAUUAAGAAACGGAAUUCAGCACUUUCCCAACAUGAUGAUGAAAUUGAAGUGGAUAUUGAUAGUGUGGAUGCUGAGACUCUUUGGGAGCUUGAUAGAUUUGUUACCAACUAUAAGAAAAGUUUGAGCAAACACAAGAGGAAGGCUGAACUUGCUAUGCAAGCUAGAGCAGAAGCUGAGCAAUUUGCCCUCCAGAAGAGCCAAGCACCACCAGUUAUAGUUGAUGUCUCAAGAGAAACACAAGCAGAUGAAAGGAAUGUUCCCCCAUCCUUGCCCGUGCUAGGGGAAAUUCGAGUGGAUAAUGGGAGUAAGACUAGUAGCUCAAGCAGUUCAAGCAGUGAUUCUGGCUCUUCAUCAAGUGAUUCUGACAGUGAUAGUUCCUCAGCAUCUGGGUCUGAUGCAGGGUCGCAGUGAACCUGAAUACUUUCUGGGAGAUGUCCGAUAUUUAGAUUAGAUAGUGUUGUGAUGCUUGUCUUGUUGAUAUUUUUCAAGCUUCCAUAUUAUGGAUCUGAACAUAGCAUUUGGUUUGUAGAGGAAGCCGCUGAAGGCCACCUGUGAUUUCCUACUGUGCAGAGUACAGGAUCUGUUCUCUCAUUUGGUGAAACUGUUGAUCCGUUGCUAUUUAUGGCCUUAUUUGUGAUAACACGCUCUUGUAUAAUAUAUGGUAGAAUGUGAAGAUAAUUAGAUAGUUUUCUGUAGAAGUGUACAUCACUAACUACUGCUGCUACUCAUGAAAUUACAUUGAUGACUUGUUAUUUAUUAUUUACUGCCAGAUUCAGAUUCAUAGUUUAUAGAUAAAUUGUAAUUCCAAGUUCUUAAAGUCAUUAUUGGUUCACAUGAAA